AUGGAUCUUCAUGAGAAGCGAAACGGGGAGAAGCACCAACUUAGUAGUGGAGCCUUGGAGGAGGAUGGAAGCGAAAUGGUAGGCCAAAUGGUAGCCCAAAAGGGCAAUACAAAUAAGAGGAUUUAUAUGAAGUACCAUGAGGGGGAGGAUUACAAAGAAGAGGAAAAAGAAAAUGGAGGAGCAAUUCCUCACAAACGGAACAGAAGAUCCAGCAGAACUCCGUCCAGUAUUCACGACUAUGUAAUGAACAAGGGGGAGACAUACCAUAUAGUGAAAAAGACGAAAAAGGAGAAACUUGUUAACGAAUUAUCCUCCCCUGCGUUAUGCACCCCCAGUGAUGAAGGUGACCAAGACAUCUACGAUGGGGAUGGUCACCAGGGGGAAGGAAACAAAUGGAGAAAAAACCAAGGGAACCAUCAUCACGCGAGUGAGAAGAAGACAUAUAAUAUGCGUAAGAUGGCACCGUACCCUUCCGAUAGAGAUAGUACCCCCCCUGGGGAAAAACGAAACCUUCGCAGUAACAGCAUUCCCAGAAGCCUAAGUCUCAAGAAGGGAAGUGGCGCACAGGAGGAUGAAUCCACGGCUGAUGAACAUAGGCCAAAAAAUAAGGGUAGCAAGAUUUAUAAAUUAAAAAGUAAGGGAGGCAGUUCCUCCUUUAUGGGCCAUCCUGAUGGGAAGCGGAGGAGAGUGUCACCCACGAGGAGAAGAAGCUUCUCUCACUCGAGUGUGAAAACAUCGGAAAAAAGUUUUCUCACCAAAGGGAAAAGGAGUUUUCAUGGGGGGAAGUAUGCCAGGGAGGGGAGGGGAAGCUUCCACGAGGAGGCGAGUCAUGGGAGUGAUGCAAGUGAUAGAAGUGAUGGACGUGAUAGAAGUGAUGGACGUGAUAGAAGUGAUGGACGUGAUAGAAGUGAUGGACGUGAUAGAAGUGAUGGACGUGAUAAACGUGAUAAAUUUGAUAAACGUACCCAACGCGGCAGACGCAGAGGAAGUUACGACGGCGCUUCGUCAUAUGAGAAGAAGUAUCCAACGCAGGAAGCCAAACGGGGGGAACACACUCCGAAUGAUUAUGUGGUUGAGGGGAGAGGAGAACCGCAUGGCGCACACCUGUCCGGUGAGUCAGUGCGCAGGCGGGACGAAACAUCCAGCGAGUACAGACGCGAGUCAACGUUGAGAAAAACUCAAAGGAAUAAAAUUCGCCAAAGGGGGAAACAAUCAAGUCGGAGCGGUGCAAGCGCUAACAGGGAAAGAAGCACCAGUAGGGGAAGAAGCACUAGCAGAGGAAGAAGCGCUAGCAGCGGAAGGAGCAGGAGCUCGGGGACCAACAACCGAAACGAGCCAAAGAGGCACUCCUACAGUAGGCGAAAAAGACAUUACUGUCCGCCUGCUGAGGAGGAUUCACCAAACACUUAUAGGAAGAAAUGCCAGGGAGGGAAGGAGAAGAAGGAAUGGCAUAAAGACGGAGGGAAUUACUAUCAUGGAGAGGGAGAGUAUGAGAGGGAACUGCCCCCUAAAGGGAAUCACUGUGAUGGUUCAUCUCGUUGCGGAAGCGCAAAACUCAGUGACGAUAGGGAAGACCCCAAUUUACAAAGAAAAAAAAAAGAGUAUACUCAAAAUAGAGAGUGGAUAGAAAAGCCGUUAGACCCCCACAGAGAUGAAGAAAACGAAUCCUCCACUGGGGGGGAGGAACCAGAAGCUCAUUAUGAUAAUUAUUUCCCGGAUAAGGGGCAGCGAAGUGGAAAGUACAACCGGCACUCGAAGGACUACUCAAGUAGAAAACGGGAUCGCAGCGAUAUGGACGAUGAGGCUGCCAUAUAUGAAAAAGGUAGGCGCUACUAUCCACACGGAGAAGCCUAUCAUAGAAGGGGAAGGAACCACAUUAAGCGAUUCAACAAAUGUAAGGGAGAUACCAAUGACGAAGAAGAGAAGGAGGCAUUCAAGCCGCGCUCCGAUCAGGGUCUCCACCAUAUGUACGAAAGGGACUACCAUGGAAACAGACAUAAUGAAAGCCCCCGUAGAAAUCGAAAUUGCGACAACAAUGGUGACAUGGGCAGUGACAUUUCUGAGAACGAAUUAAACAUUCGAAGGAUGAAAAGAGAAAAAAUUCCUGAGUAUGUUGAAAUUGAUGGCACUGUGGAGAUCGAGUUAUUGUCCGAUGCGGAUUUUACCAACUGGAUGAGCGACGAUGGUGGUGUCUUAGCAGAAGCGGGAGAAGAGGCAGAUCUGACGGUAGAGGCAUAUAUGGCCGACGUGGCAGGAGGCCAUAGUAAAGGAGACCCCGUCCCGAUCAGAUUUAGAAAUUUCCAACUGCGGAAGUUUGUUUUGUGUAGCGGCCAGCUUUGCAUGGGGAAGUUGCCUCCCCCUGGUGAGUGUGACCAUCCCUUCACCCAGAAAAGGAGCGUGAGCGUCUACUCCUCGGACGGUAACACGUAUAAUCAUAAUAAGUUUGCACCCUCCACUCGUAUUGCUAACUACAAGCAGAGUGAAUACAGAGGGGAAAAAAAUCCCGCCACUUCCUUUGUGGACAAUAAAUGUGGUGAUUUUUCCCUCUUAAAAAGAAGAGGCUCACACAGUGAUCGAUCGGAAUCGCAUGACUCGUCCAGGCGAAAUUGCUACAUGAGUGGUAAACAUUCUUGUACCAAAUAUGACUCCACGAUUCAGAGGGGAAGACGGAUUCCCAGUGUCGACGGAGAAGCGAAUAUACGUCGCUCCACUUCAGCUUCUGCAGUGCGUGACGCACUUGUGGAAUGUGAGGGUGACCGUGAGGGGAAGUUCUCGAGGGGGUCCAGGUGGCGUGAAGACAGAAGCAAAUACACAGGGAGUCAUCAGGUGGACGACAAUGAAAGGAGCCGUGGUGGUAGCCGUGAUAGAAGCGAAGGAAGCAGCCGUGGAAGCAGUCGCGCAAGCAGUCGCCGAAGCAGAAGGUUUGGCGCAUCAAGAGACGCCACUCACAACACAUAUGGUGACAGUCACAUCCAGGAAAUGAUGACCCAUCCCCACUUUCGCGGCGACAGGGGAUUUAACGAAAUCGAAAGAGAAAAGGAUAAGGCCAAUUCGCGCGGAGUCAAUUAUGAGAGGCGCGCUCCUCAACAGUGUGCACGUGCGCAAGGGUGGAGAAGCUCGCAUGCACAGAGUGGUAUAAAAGUAAGGGGGGAAGAAGACCAUCGUACGGAUGGAAAAAACCAUGGUGACGAUAACCGCAUCACAGAAAAAGAAGAAGGCAAUCAGACGGCUUCGCAAGUGGCAGAACCCUCCACUUGGGUGACUGUACCUGAAUUGGGGAGCAUACCAAAUUACAUAAAUGAGAUUAUAAAAAAUAUGAACAGUUCAUAUGAAAUAAAUGAACCUAUCGAUAUGCUAAACUUGAACGCAGGUAAAUCCUUUCGUGUUCCUGAGUUAUUCCAUUUAGUUAAGGAGAUGACGAGCACAAACAAUUUUUUGAACUUUCUUGAGAGGAGAAAAGAAGCCCAAAAAAAAUGGAAGAUGAUCGCCCGAAAUCUUGUACACGAGGAGUUUAAAAUUUUGAGUGACUCGAUAAAUGGCGAUGUGAUGGACGCGAAAAUAAAGUUCCUGACCAGUUCACUGAGAUCUCUGUAG